AUGAAGCGCGAGCGAGAUGAGCAAGAUGACGAGGCCAGCAGCGGCGACGAAAUUGGUCCCAUGCCUGUUCAGGAGACGCAGAUAGUGCGUAAAAAGCGCAAAGUGCUGCCACAUGAGAAGAUUUACUUGGAUCAUUUACCAUCCGCAGAUCAGUACUACAAGAGCUUUAUGCACAGGGAAACUGUCAAUUUCGUCGUCGCCACUCGGACAGAGUUUAUCAUAACAGCAUCGACAGAUGGUCACGUCAAGUUCUGGAAGAAACAAGAAGUCGGGAUCGAGUUUGUCAAGCACUACCAUGCCCAUCUGGCGCCCAUUGUCGGCGUGACGGCGAGUGCAGACGGUGCGAGUUUUGCAAGCGUAGCAGCAGAUGGUAGUUGCAAGGUCUUUGACGUGGUCAACUUUGACUUGAUCAACAUGCUCGAACUCGACUUUACUCCUGCUGCAUGCUGUUGGGUACACAAGCGUGGACAGGCACGCACGCUGCUUGCAGUCACCGAAAAGGGGACAGGAAAGAUUCGAAUCUUUGAUGGUCGAGGGACAAAAGAGCCUCUUCAUGUCGUGGAAAAGCUCCACAAAACUACCGUUCACGUCCUAGCAUACGCAGAUGUCUACGAUACAGUCAUCUCUGCAGAUGAAUCCGGGUUCCUCGAAUACUGGCAACCGAGUGAGCCGUUUGAACUGCCCGCGGUUCCAGGAAUGUGGUCAUACAAGUCGAAUACGGAUCUAUACGAAUUCAAGAAGACCCGCACCGCACCGACAUCCAUCACCAUCUCCCCGAACCAAUCUCACUUUGUGACGUUGACUGCCUCGGAUCGACAGAUUCGCGUUUUUGAUCUGCUAAGCGGGAAAAAGACGCGUGUAUACGACGAGAGUCUGCAGGCUAUUCAAGAUAUGCAACAAGCUGGAACAGCCGUCUACAAGGUGGAAGACAUGGAAUUUGGACGGAGGCUGGCCGUCGAGCGCGAGAUUGAGGAAGAUGAGGUGGCGAGUCGGAGUAUGAAUGCGGUAUGGGACGAAAGCAGCAACUUUAUCCUCUACCCGACCCUUCUCGGCAUCAAAGUGGUAAAUAUUGUGUCGAACAAGGUCGUCCGCAUCCUCGGAAAGGAAGAGUCUACUCGAUGGCUAAAUCUCAGCCUCUACCAAGGCGCACCCGCCAAAAAGGGACUCACGACAGCUGCAAUGGCCGCGUCGGCCAAUCCUCUUCUCGCUGAACGGGGUGUGCGUGAUCCGACACUAUUCUGCACGGCGUACAAGAAGAAUCGGUUCUACAUGUUUACACGCAGCGAGCCAGAAGGAGAACGGGAUAUUUUCAAUGAGCGGCCUACGCGCGAAGAACAAACGAUUGCGCAGACGACGGGUGCUGGCUCUGGGAGAGGACCAUCGCGACUCGCUCGUAACGCCGUGGUACAUACGACGAUGGGCGAUAUCUUCAUCAAGCUCUUUCCUGAGCAGGCGCCCAAGGCGGUGGAAAACUUUGUGGGACAUGCGCGGAGCGGCUACUUUGAGGGCGUCUUGUUCCAUCGUGUCAUUGCCAAGUUUAUGAUCCAAACCGGAGAUCCUCUUGGGGACGGGACGGGUGGCGAGUCGAUAUGGGGUCAUGAUUUUGAAGACGAGUUUUCAGACGAAUUGAAGCAUGAUAGGCCUUAUACAGUGUCGAUGGCGAACCCUGGACGGCCGAAUUGCAACGGUUCUCAAUGGUUUAUCACGACGACGGCUACACCUUGGCUGGACAAGAAGCACACCAUUUUCGGAAGGGCGGUUGCGGGGCUCGAGGUGAUUCACAAUAUUGAAAACGUGAAAACGACUCGAUCCGACAAGCCAAUGGAGGACAUUAAGAUUAUCAACAUUUCGAUUGAAUAG